AUGGAUGGGAAUCACGAACUUCCACCACCACCCACCCGCGAAGGUAGGGUAGCCACGCAGAAGACAAUGUUGUCCAGAGCACUGCAGAAGGCGAAUACCGCAGUCCUGCUCGACAAUGCCACCAACUACGAGGGCGCCAUCGAUGCAUACACCGACGCCUGCGGUCUCCUGGCGCAGGUCAUGCAGCGUGCUGGUGCUGACGAGGAGAAGCACAAGCUGGACGAUAUCAGGAAUACGUAUACUACACGAAUAAACGAACUCCGGCGUCUGGGACUUGCGCUGCAGGCAGGUGGAAAGGCCCUGCCAGAGAGACCGCCGAGCGGUGAAUCGCUAACUCAGAGCCUCCUCUCAACCCACAUAACCGAUGGCGAUGCAGACGAUCAGGAUAUAUAUGUCAUCGGUACCGCCACCGCAAGCCGAAGACUCAUCAAAAGCCCCGCCACGGACCCGGCGGACGAACGGUUCAUCCCUCCACGGCAGCAGUCUCUACAUCCCUCCAGUGAAGACAGCGGCAUGGUGCAUGGGUCCGCUAGCUUCGACAGAAACGAUAGCUUGUCGGCGAACGUUGCCAAUGGCGAUCUGCGGACCCUCCAGGAGAAGGGGACAGAGUCCACCUCCUGGCUAGAUACCAUUGAUGAAUCCGGUGCCUCGUCAAACUCCUCCAUACGCUCGACAAACUCGUCUCUCUAUCUACGCCGAAAGCAGGAUGCUCACUACAGCAGGGAUACGGAAGCUGAGUUCGAUGCUGCUCUCGAUGAAGCCGUCGAGGCGGCCUACGAUGACGGGCUGGAGAUCAUCCCUCAAGACAAUCAACCGGAGCACGAUAUCAUGUCCCAUGUUCGCAGGAAUAUCGAACUGGCCAAACAGAAAGUGCGAGAAGCCGAGCUGGAGGCCGAGGCCGUCUCUGCCAGAGAACGGGAGCGAAGGAGGCCUGACACUGGGCAUGACGACGAGAUGGGUGACCUGGAUCACGAUGAGUACGAAGAUCAUGAAGCUGAGGAAGAAGAGCGCAUUCUGGAAGAGUUGAUGGAUGAUUUCGAGUUCGAUCUCUCCUCCAAAUCGGCCCUUCCACGGCAGUCGGGAUCGAGUGGCUACUCGGGCAGAACCUGGGGUAGCUCCGUGGCAUCAAGCCGAACAAACACGGGCACUCUACUCUCGACCCUCACCGAGGAAGACGACUUCUCAAUUCCUCCCGGAGUUGUAUCCAAUAACGUUCUUUCAUAUUCCCAGCCGUUUCAGAAGCUCCCUCCGCCCGUUGGUGCGCCUCCACCACCUCCACCUCCACCUCCGCCGCCUCCUCCUCCUCCUCCUCCUCCUCCAAUACAGCAGCAGGAGUUACCACCAGCGCCCACGCAAGCUUCGCCCCCUUCGCCGCCGCCACAAGUAGUCACAAACCCUCCAGAUACUGCAGAUAGCAACAUGUCGGCAACCACGGUUCGAUCACGGAGACUCUCCGGGCGUCUGAAAGAGCUUGUGAUAGAGACUGGUCACCCAUCCUCUGGAAUAGAGGGACCACGCCAAGUACCACCAUCAAUGCUUCUAGCACAUCCCAUAACCCCCUUACCAUCAAAAACAAGUCAUGCAAAACUAUCAAACGAUUUUAAUCUUGAAGCGUUACAGCCACGUCCUCAUACCGCAAUCGGUUCUCCAGAAUCGCCCGCCCCUGACUCCCCUGCGAUUUCUGCAUUCCCUACCCUUCAACCUCACGAGUCUGUCGACUUUGAUACAUUAUUGACCUCUCCUCCCUCUACAUUGAAUAGGUUACAUUCUGCACCCGGUAGCUCGCACCGAGAACCUACAUAUUUGGCCGCAGCUUUGGGGAAGCCCGCGAUUGGCCCCAAUAGCCCAUACGCCUCUGCAUUUAUCCCUGAACUCAGCAAGACCUUUUCUUUGCCUUCUGUACCAUCUCUCAGUGCAUCCGGACCUUCCAAACAUCUGUUUGACAACAACAUACAUUCCCCUCUCACCCCAGGGUCACCUAAUCCAAAUGCCCCCGAUGCUCCUAUACCCCUUGAGCCCUGUCCUCAGUCAUUCCUUCUUCGCCCAUUCUGGUUAAUGAGAUGUCUCUACGAAACAAUAACCCAUCCUCGGGGCGGGUAUCUAACCAACAAGCUCUUCAUACCAAGAGAGAUAUGGAAAGUGAAAAAUGUGCGAAUCAAGGGUCUAGAGGAAAAGAUCUCCAACUGCGAUCUGCUUACGGCGGCAUUGCUGAAACUAGCAACAGUGGACACCAACGACGCUGAUGCGGUACUAGAGGAAAUGCAGGCAUUUGAAAGCAUCCUGGAUCAGGUGCAAGCUGUAUGGUCAAGGAAACUAGGCAAUGAAGUUGGCGUACAGGGUGCCAUGGCACUUUUCAAAUUAUCGUCAGACGAUACCUCUCCGGCAGUCGGUUCUUCGGGGCUGUCUAGCGGAGGAAGCAAAUCAUACCUUUCUUCAUGGCGAAAACUCCGGUCGAAAAGCUCUGGUGUAUCCAACACAACCCCAAGUGGCAUUGGCAUAUCAAGAGAUAAUGGCAAGGAAAACAUGACCAUGAACUCGCUGCCUAUGGCCGACACCGCAAAUUCCGCUGUUUCUCCACGGCGAGACGUCAUUGAACUCAACUGUACCGGGCCAAAUGCAAACUACAUGAGCGCUCUAGCCAGGCUGUUUGACGCUGCGCAAGUUAUAGACCAGAUCGCCCGCCAAGUUGAGGACCCAGGCCUAAGGCAUUCCUCCCAGACUCUUGUUGGCCUUGAACUCAGCACCCGCCAUGCCUCGGAAUUCUUUGGAUUCUACGCUUGCCGGUUCGCGCUCAAUGACAUCGGCCUGAUGAUUGACAAGUUCAUUAAACGAGGUAGUGAAUACGUUCUAGCUUGA